AUGGCUGCAGUUAAGUUAAAAUCAAAAAAAGCUUUUCACAAAAGAUUCAAAAGUACAGCCAGCGGUAAUUUAAAAAGGGAAAGAGCUUAUACUUCUCAUUUAUUUGUUAACAAAUCUACCAAGCAAAAAAGGCAACUACGAAAAGCUACUCUUUUAGCAAAAAAGUUGCCUGUUAAUUUCUCAUUAUUAGAAAAAAACAACAAUAUUGAAGUUGGAAUAGUGAUUGGCAAUGCCAAAGGAGAAACAGCAGAAAUCUACGCCGAAUUUUUUGGAUCUAAAGGGGAAAUUUAUGACAAAUUUAGUAAAGAAUUAACAGAUUUGUUUCCCAUAGAAAUUAAGCCUUCCAAAACUGAUAAUCAAGGAAAAGAAGAUAAAGAAAGCCAAGAAUUAAACCAAGAAGGAGUCAAAAAUUCUGCUUCUACACACGAAAAAGGAAGCGAUAAUAAACUAACGACUGGACUGAUAAUUGAAUUUUGGUAG